AUGGAUACCCCCACCAGUCUUACCAACAGUUCCAGCUUCCAGAUUUCCCAGUUCAUCUUGAUGGGGCUCCCAGGCAUUCAUGAGUGGCAGCACUGGCUCUCCCUGCCCCUGGCUCUGCUCUAUCUUUUAGCUCUUGCUGCCAAUAUCCUCAUCUUGAUUACUAUUCAACGUGAGUCCACACUCCAUGAGCCCAUGUACCAUCUCCUGAGCAUAUUGGCAGUUGUGGACAUUGGCUUGGCCAGCACUAUUAUGCCCAAGAUUAUGGCCAUUUUCUGGUUUGAUGCCAAGGCCAUCAGCCUCCCUGAAUGUUUUCUUCAGAUGUAUGUCAUCCACUGUUUCUUUUGCAUGGAGUCUGGCAUCUUCCUCUGCAUGGCAGUGGACAGAUACAUAGCCAUCUGUCACCCACUGCAUUAUCCCACCAUAGUCACUGAAGCUUUUAUGGUUAAAGUCAUAGGAUUCAUGGUGCUCAGAAAUAGCCUGUUCACCAUCCCAGUGCCUGUACUGGCUGCCCAAAGGCUCUACUGCUCCAAGAAUGAAAUUGACCACUGCCUGUGUUCUAACUUGGGUGUUAUCAGCCUGGCUUGUGAUGACAUCACUGUGAACAAAUUCUACCAACUGACGUUAGGUUGGGUCCUGCUUGGGAGUGAUAUGGCUCUGGUGUUUUCCUCCUAUGCUCUAAUCCUUCACACUGUGCUGAGGCUAAACUCAGCAGAAGCAAUAUCCAAGGCUCUGAGCACCUGCAGCUCACACCUCAUCCUCAUCCUCUUCUUCUAUACAGGUGUUAUAGUGCUGUCUGUCACACACUUUGUAAAGGAAAAGAUUCCCCUUAUCCCUGUACUCCUUAAUGUGCUACACAAUGUCAUCCCCCCUGCUCUCAACCCCAUGGUCUAUGCCCUCAGGAUGCAUGAGCUCAGACGGGGCUUCCAGAGGCUGUGUGGGUGGGUAUAG